AUGGAGGGGCAAAAUGCAGCCUGAUGUCUGGAUUUUUGUUUGCCGGAUGUUUUGCUGCUGCUGCUGCUGCUGCCGCCGUUCCUGUCUGUCUGCCUCCUUCUGCUUUGUCCCCGAGCUCAACCUUGCAUCCAGCUGCGUGUCUCGCCCUACACACGAUUGAAAAGUCUCUUUCGUCAUUCGUCAUCCACAACGCUCGCUCGCUCUUUUUUGCGAUCCCUGUGCGACACACCCGACAGGCAUCAUAGGUAUACCAAGGAUUCCCUCUGAUGAAAUGUGAAUGCCACCCUCUUUCUUCUAUCGCUACCACCCACCACCUUCACUACUCUUCGCCAACCCUCCACACCUUUUUUUUUUUUUUUUGCCCACCGUUGCCCUAAUUUAAAUCCCC